ACAAACAAGCACUGAGCUAGGCUGAAACACCUGCAUUUUGGAGCUGCCUUACUCAGGAAAGCAAAAAUAAACCAUGAUUGUUUUCAGCUUUAUUAACUCAUUUUUUUAAAAGUAAUUGUUUGCAAACUGAUAUGUGGCAGAUUUAUUUCUGUCAAUAUUCAACCCUAGUUUCAACCCUAGUUUAAGGGACUCAUUGUCCCAUUCUCUCCACUUAACCCUAGACUUAGUUUUCAUGUGUCCAUGUUGAACUUUGAAUCUCUGGGAAUGAGCAACAUACCAAAAUAACAUGGAGACUAGACACAACCACAUUUUGGCUUAAUUAGGGUGCCAGUGUACUAAGGUCUUGAAUACCAAGAUUGUAAGGGCUAAUGAUAACAUAAUGGGUCUAAGAGAGAAUGGCACUGAGCGAAUGGCUGUUUUAACUACAAUAGCAUUAUCAAUACAAGUGCAACAGGUUAGUUCUUGAACGCACCCCUGUUGCCCUGUCAGCAGCAGGUGUGUGCAAUUGUAAUUAAGGUUGGGGCUUCCAAGUAGGCCUGCCUUGUGUAUACAAUCAUGGCAUUUUGUACCAUUCAGGAAUUUCCCCUUGACCUUGUGAAGGUUAUUGUAUGAGAGGAGGACAAGAGUGGGGGUGUUGUGCUUUAGUUCAAAUUCUAUGGAUUAAGAGCUGCCACCCACACCACUCCCUCUCCACCACUCCCCCUUCUCUCUAGUCAUAGACAGAGACAAGCAGACUGGUUGAGUGGCAACACACUACGAGAGGGGGGAAAAGAUCUGUAGAAUUGAAUGAGCUGUUUUAGCUAGUCUCCCCCUCUGAGGCCGGGAAGUAGAGGAAAACGUGAGAAACGCUGCUUCUAUUCUCUGAGUAGUUCUGAAACGAGCACGAGGGGUAAAGACCGCAUCUCUAAAAACGACUUCCUUCAAACCCCUGGAACUGUGACUGUCCUGAGGAGAACACUCCCCUCACACACGCCCCAACUGACCGUGGAGGCGUGAGAAGAGCCGUGGAGAGGAGCAGCAGACGAAGCACAACAAGGAAGAAAGUAAAAAGGAGAGGGGGAGGAGAAGAUGGAGGCCUUGCUUCCUGUGUUGCAGCGACACCCUGGAAUGUCUGUGUUGGUGUGCGCUCUGAUGUUCCGGGUGGCCCACCGACUACUACAGAAUCUGCCUGUGCCCAAAGCGGUAGCAGUGGAUGACUUCCGCUCCUGGAAGUGGAGGAACCUCUCGGUCUCUAUGGUCCACUCCCUCCUGACAGGGACUUGGGCUAUGACCUGUGUGAUCAUUUCCCCUGAGUUGGCAACCAACAUUCACUCCUUCUACACGGCCCCGGCCUACAUGCUCAUCUGCAUCUCAUCAGGAUACUUUGUACAAGAUGCAGGUGACAUCAUUCUAACUGGACAUGCAAGAGGAUCCUGGGAGUUCUUAAUUCAUCAUGUUCUGGUGCUCUGGUGCUUCCUGUAUUCUCUGUACUCACACCUCUACGUGGCCGGUGCUGUGGUGGCUCUCUUUGUGGAGGUUAACAGUGUCACCCUGCAUUUGAGGCUAAUGCUGAAGCUAGCAUCACAGCAGUCGUCCCCUCUGUACCAAAUCAAUAAGUUCCUCAACCUCUUCACCUACAUCGUCUUCCGCCUCAGCGCACAGUUCUACCUCACAUAUUACAUUGUACAGAACUACUCCUGGAUGGACAAAGGAGGCUACUUCCUGGUUACCAUGACUCUCAUGAACACCAUGAUCCUGAUCUACUUUUAUCGUCUUCUCCGCGCCGACUUCUUCCCCCGGAGCAGGGCUCACAUGGAGCAAAAUGGCACCCACAACAACGUCAAAAAGUUCCUCGCUGAAUGACACCGAUAGUGACAUGACCGUAUACCUGAUGUUGUGUUUGGUGUGUUUGUUCGGUUACACAUCUCAUCGCAUUGUGUCAAGCUGUGACUUUAUUAUUAUUAUUAUUAUUAUAACAACAACAAAAAAGCUCUCUCAAAGGCUCGUGUUGUCGUGAGAGGCGGCCAGGAAAGGAUGUGGACAGUGGUACAUGCCCUAUAGUGAUGAUUAUGCCCACUGUGACUGAAGAUCCCUCACUCACACUAACUGGGCAGCAUACAGUGAGAGACUGGUCUGUUCACACUGACUGGGAGAAUCCUACUAAAUUACUUCCAGGAUACUGUGCCACUUUUGCUUCUGAUCAUAGCUAUUACAAUUGUUAACAAUAUAGGAAUUUACAUGAUUCAUGUGGAAUGCUCUUUUACAGAAAAAAUGCUAACAAUCAUACAUGCAUACAGUAGAGAAACAAACUGCCAAGGAUAACAGGGACCACCUUGGUUGCUGUACAUCCCACCCCACAAAUUCUGUCAGGUUUGGCUUAGCAACAUAGUUUUAUUGAAAUUUCCACUAAUAGGAUUUUGUAAAUGUACUAUAAUACAAUCAAUAUCUGACACUAA